UUGUAUAUACGCUCUCCCGUCUCCCUCCUUGGCUCGAAAGAGUCUCUAUAAACCCUCUAUUUCUUCAACCUCCCCAAUAAAUGAGCAUCGCUGUUCCCAAACCAAGAAUUAAAUGCAGCAGCUGGACUCUCCACCCACCUCUCUCUUUCUCUCUCCAAAUAAAAUUAAACACCUUCUUCCCAAAAUUAACUCCUCUUCACCCCACUUCAACUUCAACCCAACCCCUUUUCCCUUUCGUUCUCUCUCCUAAAAAAUGAAACUCCCCCUUUUUCAAUGUCCGCCAUUAUUCCUCCACCUUCCUCCUCUCCCCCUCACUCUCACUCCCCUCUCUCACUCCAAAACCUCGGACUCGGUUACGCCAUAGCCAUCGCUUUCGGUUUCCUCGUACUCUUCUCCGCUCUUCUCCUGUCUUCCUACAUCUGUUGUCGGGCCAACCACCGCCGCCGCCGCCGCCUCCACGCUCCACCACUCCCUAACUCCUCCGACAACGGAAUUAUCGUACCUCGUAUCAUCUUUGUCGCUGAAGACGACAACGACGACGACGAGGAAAACCAAAACAGAGCAUCAAACGGCGUCGUUGGACUCGAUCGUGCUGUCAUAAACUCUUACCCGAAAUUCCAAUUCUAUAAGAAGAAUCUGGAAACUAGUAACGGUGAUAAUUUAAUGUGUUCGAUUUGUUUGUGUGAUUACAAAGAAGGUGAGAUGCUGAGAAUGAUGCCGGAUUGUAACCAUUUUUUUCACUUGUGUUGUCUUGAUGCUUGGCUUAAACUUAACGGUUCUUGUCCUGUUUGUCGGAAUUCUCCGUUACCUACGCCGAUUUCUACGCCGUUAGCCGAGGUUGUCCCCCUUUCACAGUACCCUGAUAAUCGUCGCAGGUCUACUGUCAUUUCUUCCUCUUAAUUUAAUUCUACUUGUACUAUAUUUUAAUUAGUUUGGAUUUUUUUUUUCUUUUUUAGCUUUUUUUGUGAUUGAUUUGAUAUUAUGAUUAUGAAGGCCAGAUGUAAACACAAAUUGAACGAAUUUGCUAGGUUUUGUUUUUGGCCUAAUUCAUGCAAAUAUUGAUUAUGAUGAGCGAUCGGUGUUAUUAAUGGUUAGUUAACGCAUAAUGUUAACUCAUGAGUACGAGUAGUACCGAUUUUCGAUGUUUAUUGUUUUUUUAAGUGUGAGAUGAGAUUAUUGAGAUGCUAUGUUCUGUUACUCCCUAACAAAAAGUAAAAGAAAAAGUGAGAUGAAAAAAAAAGAAGAGAAAGGAAGAAAAAGAGAAAAUUGAAAAAAAAGGAGUUUGUAUCUGGUUGUUCCCUUUAGCAGCAAAAUUCAUGUUACAUGCCUUUGAUGUUCAAGUAGGUCAUAUGACCAUCUAAUCAAUGAGAAUUUUUGUGUAUGAGAAUCA